GGCGGGACUCACUCCCCGGCCGAUGUCAGCGGCUCCUCCCCGGAAGAACCGCGGCGUAGGCGGCCGCUCCUCCCCGGAAAGGCCCCUCUCAGCCGGCGGCGCGGCGGAGCCUGAAUCCCGUGUCCCGUCAAGAUGGUGCGGAAACUGAAGUACCACGAGCAGAAGCUGCUGCGGCGGCUGGACCUGGUGAACUGGGAGGCGUCGGGGGGUAACCUGGCGGAGGUGCGGGCGCUGCGGCGGUACCGGCUGGGCCGGCGGGAGGACUACGUGCAGUACAAGGCGCUGGCCCGCUCCGUGCGCGCCCUGGCCCGGCGGCUCCGCGACCUGGGCCCGGACAGCGCCGCGUUCCGCGCCCGCUGCGCCGCCGCGCUGCUGGAGAAGCUGCACGGGCUGGGGCUGGUGAACAGCCGGCAGUCGCUGGCCGUCUGCGAGAGCCUCUCGGCCGCCGCAUUCUGCCGCCGGCGCCUGCCCUGCCUGCUGGUGAAGCUGCGGAUGGCGCAGAACCUGCGCCACGCUGUCACCUUCGUGGAGCAGGGGCACGUCCGCGUGGGGCCCGAGGUGGUCACAGACCCCGCGCUGCUCGUCCCCCGCGCCGUCGAGGAUUUCAUCACCUGGGUGGACGCCUCGCGCCUGCGGCAGAAGGUGCUCGACUACAACCAGGAGCGCGACGACUUCGACCUGGCUGCGUAGGGCUGCUCCGCGGGACACACACACUAGUGGUGCCACCACUGGAUAUUCACCCACCCCUUCCAGACACACCUGGAAAGGGAGCCAGAAGGAAACUGCGCUUCCAGUGUGGUAUUGCCCUCCUCCUGGCUCCCCUUGGCAGCUAAUGGCUCCAUUCAUCCAUGCGGAAAAAAUUCCCUUCCCCAUCCACCACUUCAAGAAUGCAUCCAGUGACCCAGCUCCAUUGUCAUCCAAGUGUCCCAGCUCCAUCAUCAUCCCUGGCAUGCCCAGCUCUGUGGUCAUCACAGCAACCCAGCUCCAUCAUCCCAGUGUGCCCAUCUCCAUCCUUCUUACAGCCCAGCUCCAUCGUCCUUACAUCCCAUAAAGCAAAAGUGCUUGGAAAAGUCUCUGCCCGAUUGCAGGAGAGGAUGUGGUUACGUUUAAGUGCUCGGCAGCUAAUACUAGCUGCUGGAAGGGGUUUUAAGCCUGGCCAAGUGGCUGAUUUAAGACUGUGUUUGGCAGCUCAGCUGCUGUUUUUUGAGAGGUUGCCCUGCCAGUUCCUCCUUCAGCUGUUGGAUACACAGGAGCCAGAGUUGCUGCUUCUGGAAGGGUUUCCCCUUGAUACCAAGCAACAUGUAUAUAGGGAAAAUGUGGGGAUUGUUGGGGGUCAGCAGUAAACAAGGAGACCAAAUACUGCAUUUCUGGAACUGUUAAAGCUUUAGCCAAAAAUGGAAUAAAAAAAAAAAGCCAACUUUAUUUUCAUGUGAAGAUGUAAAGGGAAGUUUGAUGUGCUGAGUUCAGUGUCUUUGCUGUGUGGGUCUCCAGCUGACAAUUAGGCAUCAUUUACAGAGCAGGAUCUAACUGGGGAGGCGUUGGAGCAAAAGCUGACCUAACCAUAAAUGCAAAUCUGGGGGGAACUGUUGCAUUUAGCACAUUAGCCAGACAAAAACUAGUACUCAAGGGGAACCUUAGGCUUUCUGAGACUGUUGGGAACUUUUGUUUCCUUUUCAUUAAAAAAACAGAAAAACAAAAAUAAAGCUGUUUUUUUGUAAGUUGGUGGA